GCAGUGCGGAGUGUGCAGUACUAAUGAGUAGAACUGAAUGAGAAUGAUGAUUUCUUCAGUCUCAAAGAUGCUGGUGAUUGUCAUCUGUAUGCUGGUAUCAAGCUCUACAAGUCAUGCGCAACAAUCUUGUUUGUCCUCGCUCGAUUGCCAUGGUGAUGAGGUUGAUGGAUUCCCUGCCACUUUGUCCAGCUGCUGUGUCCCUGGUGGAGGGUUGUCUUAUAGAGAGGGCUCUCAAUGCUCUAACUGCUACAGUGAGGAAAGUUUCACAACUGAAGGCAACUCUUUCUACAUUGGUUUCUUCGGCAACUUCAACCCAGGGUCCAGCUCCAGAAUCAACAAGUUCGGUUUGCUGUCAACUCUGUAACUAACCAACAAGUCACUGUCUUUGUACAAUCUCCCUUGGAUGAUCGUAAAAUCGAAACAUACUCCACUCCAAUUGAAUUUGGCUUUCCAGCCGACAAAAUUAAUCUCCGGAGCCCCGAAGAGAGAAACAAAAGUGUCUACAUUUACUCCAAAGAUGGUGAACCUAUGUCAGUGAUAGCUCUUGCUGAAGAAUUCCAAUCCUCAGAUGCUUUCAAAGUUCUUCCUUGUGUGUAUCACCCUAGCGACGGUUACGAGUAUUAUGCCGUGUCAGUGCCAAUUUCACAGAUAGAACGGCAAGAUGAUUAUGAUGACGACGAUUAUACCCCAGCCAGCGAGUUUCUAGACAUUGAAGGAAGAAGUGCGUUGGUGAUUGUAACUACUGAAGAUGAUACUACAUUGCAAAUCACUUUAACUCAAAAUGUUGAUCUAUUUGCUGACGAUUUAAAGGAUCAAGUCCCUAAAGGGGAGAUAGAAGCUGGUCAGCCAGUAACUAUUAACAUUGCUAAGAAAAUUCAAACUCUAUAUUUAGGAAGUGAUGAAGAUUUGUCAGGUUCAAGAGUCGUCUCCGACAAACCGAUUGCGUUCUUUAGUGGUCACGAGUGUGGAACUGUUCCCAGUAAUAUCAGCUAUUGUGAUCAUAUGAACGAGCAGAUACCACCCACUGCUACCUGGGGCAAGCAAUUCAUCACUGCUCCUCUGGCUAACAGGAGGUCUGGUGACACUUUCAAAAUUGUAGCCUCGAGGGAUAAUACGAAUGUUCAAAUUGGAUGCACUAACGACGAAUCAAUGUCUAUUUCUCUAGAUAAGGGAGAGAUGAGUCGGUUUAUUAUAUCUUCCGACAGUUCAUGCUAUUUUAUGUCGAGUCAACCGAUUCUACUCGUUCAGUUUUCGAUGUCAAGUAUUUUAGAUGGCGUGUUUCUUAGUGACCCGUUCAUGAUUGUCGUGCCCCCUGUGGAGCAGUAUCGCAGUCGCUACAACACCCACUCGUUUAGAAGUUCUAUCAGUACUAAAGAUCGGAUUGGGUCUUACUUUUUGAACAUUCUAUUUCCAGUUGAUACAUCACCAUCUGGAAUUCGUCUUAACGACAGGAACAUUACAAGCAGUGAAAUAACAGCAAUUCCAUGUCCUAGUGGUGAAGGAAUUUGUGCUUACUCGAUACUUGUUGAAGGUGUUAGCGACUCUCCGAUACUACGCCACGUUGACAACAUGAGGAUCAAUACGAUUGUGUACUGGUAUGAAUUUAGAGUGGGCUACGGUUACUUUGCAGGAAUGACCCAAAGGCCUAUUGCAUUGCCAGCUGCUUCUUUGGCGUCCAACAAGUUCACCGGAUUCGAGAACAACAGCUCCGUAACUGUUACCAUAGUAAGGGGAGGAGAUCUGGACUCUGAUAUUGUGGUCAGACUGAAAACAGCUCAGAUGGUUGGGGAUAACGCUGCUAUAAUUUGUGAAGACUUUAUGCAUACUGAAGAGAAUGUGACAUUUGCACGAGGUGUAGAUCAAGCCCAGAUAACUAUCCCACUGAUCAACGAUGUCUUCCCUGAGCCAACGAAAUCAUUUCAAGUAUUCCUGUCUGCCUCCCCUGGAGUGUAUAUUCAGGCCCCGGCAGUCGCUACCGUGGAGAUCCAUGAUCUCGAUCUCGAUUUGCUAGUAAUGAAUGUGAGUUUCUCUGACGUAUCACUGAGUGUGAGAGAGGGGAUGUGCAUUUUCAGGUUCACUCUGGACAAAACUCGUGGGGCAGUGGGUGUCGUCAGAGUCAGACUCUUCACUAUUGAUGACUCAGCAAUCGCUGGUAGGGAUUAUGAGAGCAUCGAUGAAGUAAUUACCUUUGCCAUUGAGGAGCUGCAGUACAGGGGGAAACUAUUCAUUAUGAACGAUGAAGUUGUGGAGAAUGUGGAACAGUUAAAUCUUCAGAUUGAGGCUCUAGAUGGAGUGUUUCCUGUGAAUGUGGUGGACGCAACUGCUAUGGUUACUAUCACUGAUGAUGAUGGUGAUUACUUGACCAUACUUGAAUCAUGUUUUUCCUCUCUCGAUUGCCAUGGUGAUGAGGUUGAUGGAUUCCCUGCCACUUUAUCAGGCUGCUGUGUUUCUGGUGGAGGGUUGUCUUAUGGAGAGGGUCCUCAAUGCUUUAACUGCUACAGUGAGGAAAGUUUCACAACUGAAGGCAACUCUUUCUUCGUUGGUUUCUUCGGCAACUUCAACCCAGGGUCCAGCUCCAGAAUCAACAAAGUUCGGUUUGCUGUCAACUCUGUAACUAACCAACAAGUCACUGUCUUUGUACAAUCUCCCUUGGAUGAUCGUAAAAUCGAAACAUACUCCACUCCAAUUGAAUUUGGCUUUCCAGCCGACAAAAUUAAUCUCCGGAGCCCCGAAGAGAGAGACAAAGGUGUCUACAUUUACUCUAGAGAUGGUGAACCUAUGUCAGUGAUAGCUCUUGCUGAAGAAUUCCAAUCCUCAGAUGCUUUCAAAGUUCUUCCUUGUUUGCAUCACCCUAGCGACGGUUACGAGUAUUAUGCCGUGUCAGUGCCAAUUUCACAGAUACAAGAACAGCAAGAUGAUUAUGAAGACUACUACGAUUAUCCCCAAGCCAGCGAGUUUCUAGACAUUGAAGGAAGAAGUGCGUUGGUUAUUGUAACUACUGAAGAUGAUACUACAUUGCAAAUCACUUUAACUCAAAAUGUUGAUCUAUUUGCUGACGAUUUAAAGGAUCAAGUUCCUAAAGGGGAGAUAGAAGCUGGUCAGCCAGUAACUAUUAACAUUGCUAAGAAAAUUCAAACUCUAUAUUUAGGAAGUGAUGAAGAUUUGUCAGGUUCAAGAGUCGUCUCCGACAAACCGAUUGCGUUCUUUAGUGGUCACGAGUGUGGAACUGUUCCCAGCAAUUUCAGCUAUUGUGAUCAUAUGAACGAGCAGAUACCACCCACUGUUACCUGGGGCAAGCAAUUCAUCACUGCCCCUCUGGCUAACAGGACGUCCGGUGACACUUUUGAAAUUGUAGCCUCGAGGGAUAGUACGAAUAUUCAAAUUAGAUGCACUAACGACGAAUCAAUGUCUAUUUCUCUAGAUAAGGGAGAGAUGAGUCGGUUUGUUAUAUCUUCUGACAGUUCAUGCUAUUUUAUGUCGAGUCAACCGAUUCUACUCGUUCAGUUUUCGAUGUCAAGUACUUUAGAUGGCGUGUUUCAUAGUGAUCCGUUCAUGAUUGUCGUGCCCCCUGUGGAGCAGUAUCGCAGUCGCUACAACACCCACUCGUUUAGAAGUUCUGUCGGUACUAAAGAUCAGAUUGGGUCUUACUUUUUGAACAUUCUAUUUCCAGUUGAUACAUCACCAUCUGGAAUUCGUCUUAACGACAGGGACAUUACAAGCAGUGAAAUAACAGCAAUUCCAUGUCCUAGUGGUGAAGGAAUUUGUGCUUACUCGAUACUUGUUGAAGGUGUUAGCGACUCUCCGAUACUACGCCACGUUGACAACAUGAGGAUCAAUGCGAUUGUGUACUGGUAUGAAUUUAGAGUGGGCUACGGCUACUUUGCAGGAAUGACACAAAGGCCUAUUGCAUUGCCAGCUGCUUCUUUGGCGUCCAACAAGUUCACUGGAUUCGAGAACAACAGCUCCGUAACUGUUACCAUAGUAAAAGAAGGAGAUCUGGACUCUGAUAUUGUGGUCAGACUGAAAACAGCUCAGAUGGUUGGGGAUAACGCUGCUAUAAUUGGUGAAGACUUUAUGCAUACUGAAGAGAAUGUGACAUUUGCACGAGGUGUAGAUCAAGCCCAGAUAACUAUCCCACUGAUCAACGAUGUCUUCCCUGAGCCAACGAAAUCAUUUCAAGUAUUCCUGUCUGCCUCCUCUGGAGUGUAUAUUCAGGCCCCGGCAGUCGCUACCGUGGAGAUCCAUGAUCUCGAUCUCGAUUUGCUAGUAAUGAAUGUGAGUUUCUCUGACGUAUCACUGAGUGCGAGAGAGGGGGUGUGCAUUUUCAGGUUCACUCUGGACAAGACUCGUGGGGCAGUGGGUGACGUCAGAGUCAGACUCUUCACUAUUGAUGACUCAGCAAUCGCUGGUAGGGAUUAUGAGAGCAUCGAUGAAGUAAUUACCUUUGCCAUUGAGGAGCUCCAGUACAGGGGGAAACUAUUCAUUAUGAACGAUGAAGUUGUGGAGAAUGUGGAACAGUUAAAUCUUCAGAUUGAGGCUCUAGAUGGAGUGUUUCCUGUGAAUGUGGUGGACGCAACUGCUAUGGUUACUAUCACUGAUGAUGAUGAUGGAUCAUGUUUUUCCUCUCUCGAUUGCCGUGGUGAUGAGGUUGAUGCAUUUCCUGCCACUUUGUCAGGCUGCUGUGUUCCUGGUGGAGGGUUAUCUUAUGGACAAGGUCGUCAAAAGAAAUGCCUUAACUGCUACAGUGAGGAAAGUUUCACAACUGAAGGUAACUCUUUCUUCGUUGGUUUCUUCGGCAACUUCAACCCAGGGUCCAGCUCCAGAAUCAACAAAGUUCGGUUUGCUGUCAACUCUGUAACUAACCAACAAGUCACUUUCUUUGUACAAUCUCCCUUGGACGAUCGUAAAAUCAAAGCAUACUCCACUCCAAUUGAAUUUGGCUUUCCUGCCGACAAAAUUAAUCUCCGGAGCCCCGAAGAGAGAGACAAAGGUGUCUACAUUUACUCUCAAGAUGGGGAACCUAUGUCAGUGAUAGCUCUCACUGAAGAAUUCCAAUCCUCAGAUGCUUUCAAAGUUCUUCCUUGUUUGCAUCACCCUAGCGAUAGUUACGAGUAUUAUGCCGUGUCAGUGCCAAUUUCACAGAUACAAGAACGGCAAGAUGAUUACGAAGACGACGAUUAUACCCCAGCCAGCGAGUUUCUAGGCAUUGAAGGAAGAAGUGCGUUGGUGAUUGUAACUACUGAAGAUGAUACUACAUUGCAAAUCACUUUAACUCAAAAUGUUGAUCUAUUUGCUGACGAUUUGAGGGAUCAAGUUCCUAAAGGGGAAAUAGAAGCUGAUCAGCCAGUAACUAUUAACAUUGCUAAGAAAAUUCAAACUCUAUAUUUGGGCAGUGAUGAAGAUUUGUCAGGUUCAAGAGUCGUCUCCGACAAACCGAUUGCGUUCUUUAGUGGUCACGAGUGUGGAACUGUUCCCAGUAAUAUCAGCUAUUGUGAUCAUAUGAACGAGCAGAUACCACCCACUGUUACCUGGGGCAAGCAAUUCAUCACUGCCCCUCUGGCCAACAGGAGGUCUGGCGACACUUUUGAAAUUGUAGCCUCGAGGGAUAAUACAAAUAUUCAAAUUAGAUGCACUAACGACGAAUCAAUGUCUAUUUCUCUAGAUAAGGGAGAGAUGAGUCGGUUUGUUAUAUCUUCCGACAGUUCAUGCUAUUUUAUGUCGAGUCAACCGAUUCUACUCGUGCAGUUUUCGAUGUCAAGUACUUUAGAUAACGUGUUUCUUAGUGAUCCGUUUAUGAUUGUCGUGCCCCCUGUGGAGCAGUAUCGCAGUCGCUAUAACACUCACUCGUUUAGAAGUUCUGUCGGUACUGAAGCUCAGAUUGGGUCUUACUUUUUGAACAUUCUAUUUCCAGUUGAUACAUCACCAUCUGGAAUUCGUCUUAACGACAGGAACAUUACAAGCAGUGAAAUAACAGCAAUUCCAUGUCCUAGUGGUGAAGAAAUUUGUGCUUACUCGAUACUUGUUGAAGGUGUUAGCGACUCUCCGAUACUACGCCACGUUGACAACAUGAGGGUCAAUGCGAUUGUAUACUGGUAUGAAUUUAGAGUGGGCUACGGCUACUUUGCAGGAAUGACACAAAGGCCUAUUGCACUGCCAGCUGCUUCUUUGGCGUCCAACAAGUUCACCGGAUUCGAGAACAACAGCUCCGUAACUGUUACCAUAGUAAGGGGAGGAGAUCUGGACUCUGAUAUUGUGGUCAGACUGAGAACAGCUCAGAUGGUUGGGGAUAACGCUGCUAUAAUUGGUGAAGACUUUAUGCAUACUGAGGAGAAUGUGACAUUUGCACGAGGUGUAGAUCAAGCCCAGAUAACUAUCCCACUGAUCAACGAUGUCUUCCCUGAGCCAACGAAAUCAUUUCAAGUGUUCCUGUCUGCCUCCCCUGGAGUGUACAUUCAGUAUCCGGCAGUCGCUAUCGUGGAGAUCCAUGAUCUAGGCCCCUAUUUUCCUGUAAUGAAUGUGAGUUUCUCUGACGUAUCACUGAGUGCGAGAGAGGGGGUGUGCAUUUUCAGGUUCACUCUGGACAAGACUCGUGGGGCAGUGGGUGACGUCAGAGUCAGACUCUUCACUAUUGAUGACUCAGCAAUUGCUGGUAGGGAUUAUGAGAGCAUCGAUGAAGUGAUUACCUUUGCCAUUGAGGAGCUGCAGUACGAGGGAACACUGAUAAUUUUGAAUGAUAAAGUUGUGGAGAAUGUGGAGCAGUUAAGUCUUCAGAUUGAGGCCCUAGAUGGUGUGUUUCCAGUAAACGUGGUGGACGCUACUGCCAUGGUUACCAUUAUUGAUGAUGAUGGCGAGCGUCUGUGAUGGGACUUGUCACACCAGAACAUCAUAAUCAGACUUACGUAUGUAGAGAUAUCGUACCAAAUAGCCGAUUCGUAAAAACUUGUUUAUUCUGAUGCUGUGUUCCUCUUUGAAUAUAAUUAUGCUGCAGUCCUGAUGCUAUGCAAUGGGGGAGUGAGUAAAGGAUAUGCACAUUGUAACUUGUAACUUGUAACUCCUAUCCAAUAAUGUUCGUUUUGUUCGCGUCUAGACUGGAAACCACUCCCUUCACUGGUGGUCUGUUCUCGAGGCUGAAGCAAUAUCACCCACGCAUUACGCAUUUUGUGGUUUGUUCUACAACAGGACAACUCCAACACGGCAGCUUUCCAGUCCAGUGGAGGUCCGACAUGCGUGCACGAAUCACUACAAGUUCAGUGCAUUGCUCAUUGCGGUCACGUGAUAACGUCUAAGCCAAAUGCACUGAACUUGAAGUGAUUCGUGCACGCAUCCUCUGUUGCCAAUCCCCAGAGUGCAGUGAAGGGAGUGGUUUCCAGUGUAGUUUGCUUCCAUGUGGUGCCACGAUCUGAAGACAAUUAAGUUCUAUCGAUGAGACCAGGUACCGUAAUCGUCCCACGUUUUGUUCUUGUACUGCACCUUGGAAACCAUUGCCACCUGACAACACCGUGGGCUAGUCACUGCAUAUUAAAGAUCAGAGGUCACAGGGGCGUAGCCAGGGGGGUGCUAUCAGGUUUGCCACCUACAUAAGAAAGAUGCCUAAGACUACAUCAUUGUACAUGUUUGGAGAUAGCUAAACUUGUUACUAAUUUAGUUCACUGCAUGUGUACACUCCCUAGCCUGUUGUAUCGGAAUAUCCAAUGAAAUUGCUUCAGGCUUCUAUUUGUAUUAAUUGUUGAGCCAUCCGAAAUCAGUGUCAUGGUUAAGAAACCACAAGUGUGAUUUGUUGUACCUAUAUUUCACUUUGUGGAGUGGUGACUACCAUGAGUGUCCCAGUGUUACUGCUUAUAGUACAACCAAUUUAGGAAAUAUGUUUCGCUCGUGUUACCUAUAACUAAGAGUAUAACAAAAUUAAUGUAGUCAGACUGUGUAUCAGAUGUAUGUGGAGAGUAACGUGACUUUCUGAUGCUUGGAAUUUGCACACUGACCAAUCUAAGUGUGGGUGAUGUAAUAUGACAGAUAUCACUUUUGAAUCAGCUGCAUGUAACAUUAUUCACAUCACUCCUAAAUAUACGUCAUGUGCUAAAAUUAACGUCCAUGCUAUGGUGUUCGCUAUUGUGUUUAUAAUUAUGAUGGAUCCUUUGCUAUUACCUAUAUACAGGGAAUGUGUCUGGUCAAGGCAGAGUUCUCUAUUCUCAUCCUGAGCAAAUGAGUGUUGUUCCAGUUGGUCUGCCAGAUGGAAUAGAGUUCAAGCAACCUUCUCUUUACAAGUCAAAUGAACUAAGGCGUGCAUGUAUAUGACAGUUUGGAUAAAUUCAAGUUUAUAUCUGUGGACAACUUUUCAAUAGAAGCAACACCAUUAUACAGUGUUACCAAUACCGUAUCUGCUCUGACAGAACUGAAUUCUAGUGCUGAUACGUCACAACUAUACCGAGUCGUGAUUGAUUAUGGAUUACGUUUAAAUGUACAGUAUACAAUAUUCAUAUCUAUACAUAAAUUAUACAUGUAUGUAGACUGUCUGUCAAGUUUCAUUAUGUACAUGUUUAUUAAGCUAAUUUCAA